CAAAAGCAGAGUGAACCUGGUAUUGUAUUUGAAUGUUGCUGAGUUUAUGUUAGAAAUAAAACUCUGAAAGCAACGCGAGUCGAGUAUAAUUAAGACUUUAAUUGUUGGUAAAAGUCUGAAUUACAAGAGUCUUCAGGUUAAGACUUUGUUGGUAAAAGUCUUUACAUUGUAACAAAUAAUCCGGUUACAUUAACCAAUCGCGGAGUUCAGACUGGCGCUUUGGUUUUGUAUACUACGCAUUCAUCGACUAAGUGACGGAUUCACAACAUGAACAUGGUUAUGACAGAGGAAAAGAGACGUUCUAUAAGGAAGUAGCUUGAAAAGGCUUACAACAAGUGAUAUUUUAGGAGAUUUUCUACUGAAAUAUUAGUAGUAGAAUUGACAAAGGUAAGAUUACACUUUUCAUUUUCCCUAAUUUGUUUACAUUCGUCGAUUCGACAGGGCCGCCGGGUCCACAUUCACCUUUAAACGUUUUCAGCUAGUUUUAGAGCUCUUUAGUGUUGUGACCAUGGUAAUAUUGAUUUGAUUAAAGCAAUUCAAAGCAAAGAAUUAAUUAUAUUGAUUCUUGGCCCACAUGAAAAGAAAUAAAGCGACAUGACGGUGAGCACAUAGCGAAUCGGACAUGUACUUUCGGUUUCACUUUCGUUUUCCAAAUUCGUAAGCCGCACAUGUGUAAAAACUGACAAAAGCAACAUUGCUUUGGUCUAUUUUGCACGACUCAGAAAUUGUUAUUUUUGACACAGUAAAAUCGUCAGAAUUCGCCAGCUUCUGGCCUGGACCCCUGUCCGGGAUUUAUUCGUUCAAGGCGGCUUCAAACCACGUUAUGAUAAUGAUUAUAAUGGUUCUGCAGCUAGCUAUGCGCCUGUUCAAGUGUAUUAGCUGUGUAUAAAGACAAUGAAUAGAUCUAUAUUGCUGAUUAUGUUAUGAUUAUGUAUAUUGAGGGUUUAUAAAUGACAAAUUAUUAAUUAUCAAUCUAUUUCCAUAUAUUUGUUCUCUUAAUUUUUGGUCUUGUUUGACAUCUGUAAUUGAAGUUUAAUUAUUUCAUUUGAUGUUUAGAAAGGGCAUUUUUGCACAUGUUAGCAAUUUCUAACCCUUGACAUCUCUUUCCUGUCUCAAGAUAUCAAUGUCAUUUACUCAUACUUGUUAUCAACUUUAUGGUUAGAUCUUAGGAUUGUGUUCUUUGAAUUUGUUAUGCUUAGCUCUACCUAAUUUCAGUAUUGUAAAUUAAUGUCAUAGGGCUUUUCCCUGUUCUUGCAACUUUAUUAUCCUUAAGUUAAUUGGCUGGUCAGUACGAAUGUGGGCGGAGUUGUCAAAGAUUAGAUGUGUGUGAGUUUGUAUGUGAGUGAAUCUUCGAAAUUUCUUUGUUAAAUUCAGUUUGUUUCUAAAAUGUAUUUGUGAAUUAAUAUUUUUGGACUUAUGAUAAAUUCUGAACUUUUUUAAAACCGUUUUAUCAUUUGCAACAAUAUUACAAUUAUUAUACCCCCCGCAACAAGUUGGGGGGGGGGGGGGGGGUAUACUGGAAUCGGGUUGUCCGUUCGUCUGUAGACGCAAUGGUUUCCGGGCUCUAAAGCAUUAUCCUUUCCACCUACCGUCACCAUAUCAUAUAUAUGGACUACCCAUGGGAUGAAGAUGUUCCCUAUCGAUUUUGGGGUCAAAGGUCAAGUGCACUGGACAUCGAAGUAGCAAUAUGGUUUUCGGGCUCUAAAGCGUUAUCCUUUCCACCUACAGUCACCAUAUCAUACAUAUGGACUACCCAUGGGAUGAAGAUGUUCCCUAUCGAUUUUGGGAUCAAAAGGUCAAAGGUCAUGCACACUGGACAUCGAAGUAGCAAUAUGGUUCGGUUUGUCAUGCCAUUUGUUUUUUACACUCAGAAAAGAGGUAGUUUAUACCUAUUACCAACACCCUUUGGGAGAUUGGGGUAAGCGGGGGGUAUUCUUAGUGAGCAUUGUUCACAGUACCUCUUGUUUCACAUUCGUGUUUUGAAAGAAAUUCAGCUAUUAUAACAUGAUAGUUGUAUUAAUAUGUCAUUCAACAUCUUGCCAUGAAAUUCGGCAGCCCCCGAUAAGUCAGCUUGAUCAUGUGAGUCUAUUAUAGAUUUGGAAGUAUCUGUGGGCGUGGACUAAAAUGUCAAUUAAAGCGUUUUUUAAAGUUUUUUCUCCAAUGUUACACUUCCUAGAAUAUUUUUCAUAAAAAGGAAGAAUCAAUAUCCUUUCUCAAUCCCAGAAGGAAUUCAGUUUGCUUUCAUCAACAUCAGUGACGAUAAUAUUCAGGAGAAUUACGUAAGAUAACGCACACGUCACAAUAUUCCUGCACAACGGAUUUUAUCUAUUUUGGAACACAAAAUGUACCUCUUUCUGCAUUCUGUUUUCAUUUUGAAUUUAAAAUACAGUGAAACUUCUCUAAACUGGCCGGCUCUCGGACUGGAAAAAACGGCCGGUUUAAAGGGGUGGCCGGUAUACUGAGAAUUUAUAGCAAUUAGAGACAUUUUAUCUCAGUAUUCACAAAGUAGGUACUGUUCACUUUGAUCUGGUGAUCUAUGAUCAAUUAUCGGUGGAAAUCAAAUUAGUUUGCUUUUACCUACAGGUAAUUAUGAACUACAAGAAAUAUUCUCCUUGAAAUCAUCUAAUUUGAAACUGAAAAUCUAUAACAGGAUACAUAAAGAAAACACAGAGGCCUAUUAUUGGAAUUCCUCUUACCUACAAACUCUGUUUACAUUCAUCACUUAUGUCAUUAACAAAUUUGUUUUGACGUUUUUGAAAAGUACAGUAGUAAAUACGAAAUUGUAAUUUGAAUAUUUCUUAGGAAUUUUAAGUCUAUGGAAACCAAGAAAAUUAAUCUAUCAUUUUGUAAUUAUCAUUAACAGUCAUGGGUUUGUUCUUUAUUAACUACCGCUUAUAUCCAUAAUGUAGUAUGGUGCAGCAAUAUGGUGUUUGAUACUGUAUUCAUUCAAUAUGUUCCUAACUGGUUUUUUUUCUCACCUUUUGUACAGCAUUUGGAAGGGUCACUUGGAUUAGCCAAGUGUCAAUUAACACCCUUGACAGCAAAGGUAAACAUUAUAGCAAUUAUAGAAGCCACUUGUGUUUUUCACACCUCCAGUGGAUAAUUUCCCACCUGGCCAUUUGGUCAGUCAAUUAGCACACCUGGCCCAUCUUGAUCACCCUCUGGCCCAAAUUUUUUCAUCUUCAAAACGUGGCCAGUAUUAUAAGGGUAAAUUACACAUGUUUGUUAACAAAUGUACUUUAAAAAGUGGCCGAUGUCCGGUUUUCAGGGGUGGCCAUUUUGUAAGACUUUCUUUGUAAGGAAAUGUUAAGAUUUCUGCCGGGACUUUGAAAAUCGGCCGAUAUUCAGGGAGAACUGGUUUUCUGAGGGGCCGGUUUGGAGAAGUUUCACUGUACUGUGUUUAAAAACCAGUUUUUUAAACUUUAUAUUACACAAGGAAUUCAAUUUUGGGCUUAAUUUUGCCAUUUUUUUGCCGUUUUAACAAUUUUACUGAUCGCUUACGCAAUCGUACAUAUAUACUAAACCGCCUUCAGCAGCACAUAUUUUAGUGCCAUAUUUUGGGGACCGGUAUAAUAGAAGUGUUCCAAAAUAAAUAUGGUUUUGAGUAGUUGAUAACAAAUAAUAAGUUUUCCAGGUAUAACCAAACUAAAAUAUAUGACCAGAAUUAAGAAAAAUUAAUAAGUACUGAAAUAUUUAGAAAAUCUAAAGUUAUGAUACUAACAAGCUUCCAUACAAUGUGAAAAAUAUAGUGUUAUAACACUAGUAGGCUUCCAUACACCUCAAAGUAUUAUAGGGCAAUGCUAAAUAUAGAGACUGGGAGAGCCUAAAUAAGAAAAUACUGACUCUUAAAAAAUUAGUAACAUCUGAUUCUAUCCUGAACCAAAAAGUAAAUUGACUCGACUAAGGUAUCGAUCUACAUAUCUAAAGGAAAUUCUAACUUCUUUAAAAACUGUUUCCUAACACUAUGUUAGUGCAAGAUCUCUUAAGCUUUCUACAUAAAUCAUUUACUAAUAACUAGCUUGUUUUCCUCAACAAUGUUUUAGUCCAUUUCCAACCUUGUUUUCAUGAAAUGAAUAAAAAAAAUUAUGUAUAGCAUAUGAGACUGUCAUAAUGUUGCAAUUAAUUGUUGGAAAAUGUUUAAAGUUACAUCUUUUUUGUUGUAGCCCCAACAAUAAUUAUGAAGUUGCAGUUGGACACACUGAUAGAGACCUUGGGAAAGCCUGGGAAGUACCAGUUAGGGCUGUUCCUCUUGCUGGCAUGCAACUAUUUCCCAAUAGUAUUCAAUAUUGUCAUCAUGGCUUUCUUUGGCUUUACCCCCGAACACUCGUGUGUGUCGAAUACUCAUAGCAGCAUCAGUGGCACCAACAAUAGUGUCAUGUCUUCUGUGAACAGUUCGGGGAAGGCUGAGGUAGGAGCUUGUGACAGCACCUAUUACUUGACCGGUGGUGUGAAUAAGACUGUUACAUGUUCUAAUGAUCCAGAUAGCCACUAUGAGUAUAAAACAGAGGAACUGAUGGCCACCAUAGUGUCAGAGUGGAACCUGGUGUGUAAAUACAAGUACCUGUCCAAGCUGGCUACUACGAUUUAUUUCUGUGGUGUGAUGGUGGGUGGCUUGCUGUUCGGCUACCUCGCUGAUAAAUACGGCCGCAAACCAGUCAUGCUGGUAACCCUGUACUUCCCGAUAUUAAUUGGACUGGGCAUCGCUUUCUCCCACAAUUACUACCUUUUUGUGGCUCUGAGAUUUUUUAUGGGCAUGCUAUUGCAGGGUCUUCAAACAAGCAGCUAUGUGCUUGUAAUGGAAAUAUUUCUGCCCCGUUACCGUGGUGUUGCCGGAGCCAUGUUGGAAGUAUUUUGGGGUAUUGCAGUCCUUUUGGUGGCCCCCAUCGCCUACUUAAUCCAAAACUGGAGAUAUAUCCAGCUAGCUAUUUCCCUACCAAGCAUGCUAGCUAUAGGAUACAUAUGGCUGAUACCAGAGUCUUUGAGGUGGAUGAUCCUUCAGAAGAAGAUGGAACCAGUGAAGAAACUGGUGCAGAAGAUAACCAAGUUUAACAAUCUUCCCUAUCCCACAGAACCAAUGGAGGCUAUCAUCUCACAAGACAAAGUUACCGCGCAAAAAGCCAAACAGUACUCCUUUUUUCAUCUGUUGCAAACCAGAGAGUUGAGGAAAAGGAGCUUGGUCCUUUUCUACUUGUGGUUCGCUGUUGCUGUGGCGUACUACGCACUUCUUCUGAAUAUGACCAGCCUGGAUGGAAACCGCUACCUCAACUUCUUCAUCAGUGCUCUGGUGGAUAUGGUGGCUUUCAUUGCUGUCGUUUUUAUUGUCAUAAAAUGCCCAAGAAGAAUUCCUUUGUUGAUCUUCUUUGUUAUUGGAGGAACUGCAUGUAUCACUGCUGGGGUCAUUCCUUUCAUAUGGAAGACCUCAAACUUUGCUGACAGACAGAGGGUCAUCACAGGGUGUGCGAUUGUGGGUAAAUUUGGAGCCAGUGGGGUGUUCAGCUUGACCUUUCUGUACACUUCUGAACUGUAUCCUACAGUUAUCAGGAACAUAGGGAUGGGUAGCUGUGCAUUCUGGGCUCGAGUGGGAGGGGUUGUAGCCCCACAGAUUCUAGCCUUGGGUGACUUGAGCCACAAGUCCAUUUCUGUGAUCAUCAUUGGGGUUAUCUCUCUUGUUGCCAGUAUUCUUCUGUUGUUGUUGCCAGAAACCAUGGCAACAAAGCUACCUGACACCAUAGAAGAAGUGGAAGAUAAAUGUAGAACAGGCAACACUGACAACAACAGUCUCCAUGGUGAUGAGGCUCAUAAUGAUCUAAUGAUACAAGAAGAUCGUGUGUAAAAAGAAAUGAGGACCAGUUCACAAAUAAGUUUUGCAGUUUGGUUUUUUUCUUCAAUUUUUGUCUGUAAAUUUUGUAUUUUCGUUUGAUUUUGUAUAAAUCUGAUGACAUUUAAACUCAGCUUUUGAACAAAUGUUAGUUGACAGGUAUGCAUAUAUGGUUUUUGAUAUGUAUUUUUGAUUUAGGAUUUACUUCAUUUAUUAAUUUAUAUAUUUUGAUAUAUUUUGAUAAAUCACACAUCUGUACAUACUGUUUAUGUACUGGAGUUUUUAUACAUAGUGGUAGUGUCACUGUAGCGCUGUUUUUAGCAAGGCACACCUGUCUUGUUUUUAUUACCCUUUUUGUAAAUCUUGGUUACAUCUACACUACUGUAGUAAUUCAGUGAACUUAAUUGGCUGAUUUCCUGCAGCCAAAAAUGAAAACAUGAUUUUAUAUCAAUUUUUAAAACCUCGAGAGCAAUGCCAUGUUGCGGCCACUGAUUUACAGAAAGGGGAAUAUGAAAAAGUUAUAAAUAUAUGAAAAUACAAUAUAAGUCAUCGAUAGCCCAAUUGUAUGAGAACUGUAUGAGACACAAACAAAAUAAUGUUUUCUUUGAGAAUCGGUCACAUAGACCUAGAAUCUCAUGUAAAACAUCAGAGAAACCUAGAAUUUCAUGUAAAACAUAAAAGACACCUAGAAUCUCAUAUAAAACAUCAGAGAGACCUUGAGUCUCAUGUAAAACAUCAGAGAGACCAUAUGAUUACAGUGACAGUUGUAUUGUUACAGUCGUUGUAUUUUGAGAGAAAAAAGCAGUUAACCAGAAUAUCACCAUUACAAGUAAUUGUAAUAAAGACUGCAUUAUAAGUUAUAACUGUUCAACUUUUGAACAUACUUUGUGAUUACGAAUAAAAUUUCAGCUCAACAGCAGAGCCUUACUGACUACAGUCAAACACAAUUACAGCUAAGACACAUAUAAUGAGUUCACACAGUCCCUGUCAUUUUAAAACAUGUCAUGAACUUGUCUUGCGUAUUGGAUAUAAUGAAUUACAUUUAUUAUGAAUCAAAACUGUUCGUCCCUCAACAGUGUACAUGUAUGUGUUUUACUGUAUCGUCUCACUCUCAAUUCUGCACAAGCAUUUUGCAUAGAAAAUUUUCAUAAAAACAUAGUAAUAUAAUACAUGUUGUAAUUAUAUUAGGGGACAAUGUUUUCUCUACAUUUUGCUUUAUCAACAUGCUUUUAACAUGCACCUUGUUUUGAUAGAUUUGUCCCAUUUUUUUCAUCAAUCAAUAUUUAGUUGUUAAGGUUCUGCUGCAUCAACUACAUUGCAAAACUUGUGCAUGGGCUAUAAAUAGAAAAUAAAAACAGUGUUACACCAAAGAUAGAAUUCAUUUAUAGGCUUUCUCUGUGGAUGAAUUUAAUUUUUAAGUUGUUGAAUUAAAGUAGUAAAAAACC